AUGCUCCAAGACGAGAGCAACCCAGACUUCGUUGCCAAGGUUGUCAUGCUUUUAUGCGAGGAGGGUGAGCAUAUCAUUGGCGAGCUCGCCAAGCAAUUGGACCAACCAUGUGUGGACUAUGGCAAGGUGGACACAUUUGUGGAUCAACUCCGGGGAAAUAGUGCAUGUGUUGGUGCUCAGAGAGUGAAGAACACUUGUAUUCAGUUCCAUGUGUGUUGUCAGGAGAAGAGCAAAGUUGGGUGCCUGAAGACACUGGAUUCUUUGAGAAAUGAUUUCUAUGAUCUGUGCAGCAUGUUCAUACCGUAG